AGGGUCUUGAUGGGGUUUACAGAAUAGAGAAUAAUGGAACAAUACUACAGAAUAAGGGGUAAAAAAAUAAAGAAUAGAACAAAAUAGGCAAAAAAAAUAAAAAAAAAUAAGAAUAAUGGGGUUUUAGAAUAUAAAGAAUAGCGAAUAAUGGGCAAAAAAUAUAAAGAAUCGAGAAAAAUGGCUUGAAAAAUUAAAGAAUACAGAAUUGUGGGACUCCUCAUCCAAACCUUCCUAAAAGACCAAUAUUUGAAUUUAAUAAACAACUUUAUGGUAUGACAACCAUACGUCUUCAUUUUUUUCGUCCUGCAUUUACAUGAAAAUUUCCCACAGGAUAAUAAGGCAAAAACAGCAAUAAACUUGAAAUAAUAAAGGGAAAUAUUUUUGGUGGUCACUCUUUCUACCCUUCGUCCUUACAAUUGUAAUUGUUAUUAUUUCUCCUCGAAGUCGACAUGUACGAACCAAGAUCCUUAACCUACUAAAAUCUUGUAAACUCAAUUAUGAUGGUUUUUGUUGGAUUUCGAUUUGUUUAAAUUGAAAGUCCUGUGGAAAGAGACCUAAAUAGUGGGUAUAAUAACAACGUAUUUCAUAUAGAACGUAACCACUAGAAAAGUAAGCGUAUAAUAAUAUCUCAUAUUGCACUAGUGCAAAUAAAGCUUCUUCUAAAGCUUUAUUAACGUCGUCAGUGACAACACAUAUUUUUUAAGCAGUAUUUCAAUCUAAGCUAUUAAAUAAAAAUGAUAUUGCAUGAAUAUUAAGGAAUAUAAUGAAUCUUAGGAUAUAUAUUGCACUUGCAAGCUCGUGCAAUAUAAAACUACUUUGAACAAUAUUCACCAAUAUUCGUGCAAUAACUCUUAUAUUACUACGAGAUGUGAUAAAGAAAUGCAAACUAUAGGUCUUCCAGCAUUUUACAAACACCCCAAUGUCACAAAAGAAUAAAAGAAAAAAAGUAAAGAGUUUUAUUUUUUUUUUCCACACCAAUCUGACUAACUUGAAAAUUAUGUCACCAUCCAAUAUCAUGUUUCAAUUUAUACCGACGUAUACAUUUCGAUAGGCUUUUAAUAAUGCAUUUGUUUAGGAAACAAUUUGUGAAUAUCAAGCUUCAAAAAUUUGGUUAGAAAUUCUAAUAAUUCUUGAUAAAAAUGCUUCAACUUUUUCGGACAUAUUGCAUUCAUUUGGAAGAUAUUUAACCAUUAUUUACGUAACGAAACAGACACGGUGAGUACCGAGUAUUUAGUUGUGGAAUUAGUGUCAACUAUAAAAGGUGUUACAUGAAGUGAGAAUCGGAGGCACAAUUUUCGUGUGAGGUAACAACUAGUAAAUUUUGGAGCUCCAUGGCAGAGAGAAAGAGUAUGAAUAAUAGGAGAUGUGGGGAACAUGUCAAUGAGACAGCGAACCAACAACACAAAAUUCCAAAAGACAUGUAAUCAUGGCUAACAAACGGUUUUCCACAAACAAUGCAUAUAGAUUAACGUUGAUUAAGUGUACAAACGAUAGUUUUUAUCCAUAUUUGUAAAUGACCUAAUAGUCGAUCAUCAAUGUCUCCCAGUUUUGUCUUCUUUUAUUUUAUUUUUUUGGGGGUGAGGGGGGUCAUGGAAUCUGAAAUUGACCCAGACGAAUACAAAAUUAUGAACAUCUUUUGAGUAGUUGAAGUGUAUUAUAUUUUAUGAUUAGUGGAUAUGGUUAUUUAUUUUUUAACUUUAAAAGACUAGCGUCAAAGUAAGUUAAUAUCUAUGAUAACGAGUGACAUACAAUCAGAUUACGUCCACGUUCAUAUUUCACAUACUAAAUGACCUUCAAUUUAUAGUAUAUAAUUGACAUAAAUCAUGUAUCUUUCAAAAAGAUUCAAGCCACUCUGAUCUAUAUUAAACGCUUCAUUGAAUAAGAUUACGUUUAACGUCCGAGUUUAGUGAGUUCUAUACUAAUUGGCCUUUAAUAAUAUAGGCUGCAUCUUUCGAAGUACAGCAGCAUCCAAAAACUCUCACAUGUUUUAUACGUCAUUAAUUUGUAUUAAGUUUGAAAUUUAGUUUUAUCAUAUAUUUAUGAGGUUCAUCACCAAUUUGGGGACGUGUCUUGUACACGUACUUUGUUAAUUCUAAAUAAUCACUAAAACAAAAAUUUUCUAACUUAUUUUCUCAACAUGCACCUCACUUUUUUCUAACGGUACUUGACUAAUAAACCCAUCAUAGAUACCAGGAUUAAAAUUUUGUACGCCAGACGCGCGUUUCGUCUACAAAAGAAUCACCAGUGGCGCUCGAAUAAAAUUUAAAAAGGCCAAAUAAUUAAAGCACGAAGUUGAAGAGCAUUGAGGACCCAAAAUUCCAAAAGGGUUUUGCUAAAUACAGCUAAGGUAAUCUAUUCCUGGGAUAGAAAAUCCUUAGUAUUUCGAAAACUUUGAAGUUUGGAAGUUUGGAAAACAGUUAUUUUGUUAUUAUGACCAUAUCAAUGAUAAUUCAUGUCCACACAGAAAUGCUGACCACUGGGGUGGUGAUACUCUCGGGCUCCCGGGGAGAAAACCUCCACCAGAAGUCGCAUCGACCAAGUGGUUGUAAAAGACUCAUCUUAGAUACCAGGAUUAAAAUUGUGUACGCUCGUUUCGUCUACAAAAGACUCAUCAGUGACGCUCGAAUAAAAAAAAUUAACAAGGCCAAGUAAAGAAAGUAUUUAAAAUCAUUUGGAAUACAUAGCCUGCGUAUCAAACCUUUGAAAUUUGACGUUCCCUGCUUCAGAAUUGCAUGUUGAUGGAUUUAAUAUUUGUUGAAUAUCUAAACAAUUAAUAUUUUCGUAUGAUAAAAGAACAUGUCUAUUUUUUGUUUAAAAUGACAAUGUUGUGUACAUAUUGAAAUUUACACAUGCGUUAAAUACAACUUGUACGUUUUAGUCGAUUAAAUGUAUGUGUGAAACAUUGGUUGCAGCAUACCAAAGGUCCAGAUUACAAUCAGAACAAGGUACACUCUAUAGACACAGUUAUGUCGAAUGUCUUUUGUUGAUUUGUAGUUUAAUAUUAACAAUACAAGAAUUAUUACAAUAACAUUCAAUAAUAUUUAUAUAAUUUGACAUUUUAUCUUGAUUUGAUGGUAGUGUUCCGUCAUGGUUUGCUUCUCGUGAGUUAUUGAACUGGAUGUUUUUUUUAGAUAAUUGUUAUCUUCGCCAAACACGGUGGAAUUAUUUGUGGUAAUGGCACUUCGACAUCAGAAAAGUUCCAGUAGUGCAUCUUCAAAAUCAAGGCGGACGGCAAUCAUUAGACUCUUGAGACAAGUCAAAGAUGCAUAUACUAUUGAAAAGAUCAAACAGGCUAAAGGAGAGUAUGAAGGACUACUGGCAGCGGAUCAGAGAUUUCAAAUAUACCCAGGGAAAGAAUUCUUAGCUGUAGAGAAGCAGGGUGUGGACAGAAUUGAAGCAUUAGCUCCCUUGCAAAAACAUGCCAAUGUUCUAUAUGAAAUGUUAACCACCGAUAGAAACGGUGUUCCUGUACAGAAAGAAGCACAAGAUGAGCUAUGUCGACUCCUGGUUGUAAAGGAAGCAUUUGAUCUUAUUUCAGCAAAGCAGUUAGAUGAAAAGAAACGGUCUCGGUUGUGUGAGUUACCAGAUACUGUGACUAUACCAUUAGAAGAUUAUGAAGACAUGAGAAGAAAAAUGAGACUCCAGAAGCUAGAACUCGAUGAAUUAAAUUCUAGGUCAAGUAGAAGACAACACCACGGACAUUACAUAGAACUUGGUACUGGUAAUCCCAUACGACCUACAAGAAUAGGAGAUAUUUAUGAUGGUUUGUUUGACAUACAAUGGCAUGAAGCACUUCCAAUAGCGAUGGGACUGUAUCCAGAAGAAUCAGAAGCAUUUAUAUUUCUUAGAGAUAUGCUUUUGAAAGCCUACGACUUUAGUUCAGACAUUGCUAGAGACGAACAGGAGAAAUUAGUUAGCCAUCUUAAUAAAUCUGUUUUAGAACCUACUUUACACAUGGAAGGACAAGAAUAUCGUAAAAGGGCCAAAGAUGAUGCUGAAGUCACUGAGCAGAACGAAAUGUAUGCUAAAGAAGUAAGAAAAGCGACGGCUAUGAAAUCUUUACCGUCUCUCUUUUCUCUUUUUAAAAAGCUCUACCUCCAGGAAAACCUGAACUGGUCCGAAUUUCAGCUUGUCGAUAGACUAAAUAACUAUUUGGAUAAAUGUGUUGAGAUAACAUGGUUAAUGAGUGUUCAUGAUCCACCUCUGAGAUUUGUAUUAGCCAGACGUGAUGAGCAAAUCGACAUGAGUAAAUUUAUGUAUUUUCGGGUAAAAGGCAAGGUGACAGAAUAUACAAUUUGGCCGGCACUAGUUUUAUAUCAUGGUGGUCCAGUGAUACGGCAUGGCCAUGUCGUUCCAAAACGGCCUUCCAAAUGAGUUAAAAACAGAAAUCGAAAGUGCAAUAUAGUAUUUACUUGGCUUCAGUCAGUUCAGUGUCUAUUAAACAUAAAAGGUGUUUUUAAAUGUAUAAAUGUUAGACGGAAAUCAAAAGAUCUACAACACCAAAAUAACACAUCGUGCAGUAUUUCAAUGCUUAUAUUAUUACUUGCUGGUAUAAACAGAUAUCGAGACUAAAUGAAUUGUUUAAAUAUCAAAGGGAUGUUCUUGUUCCAAUAACAUUUCAUGUGAAAUACCAUUGGUUCGUCUUGAUAUAGUAUUUAAAUUGUAUGAUUUUGACACUAGAGUUUUGUGGACAACAUCUUAACAAAAAUAAGUCAAUGUUA